GUACUUUGACUCGGUGGACAUCUGCAAGCUCCACUCGGACUGGCACGAGGUACGCGUCCAGGGCGUCUUCCCCACCAAGGCAAGCGGGCCUGUCACCGUCACCUCACUGACCGUGCUGGAGCGUGCGGCCUUGGAGUUCGCCCUCUUCCAGGAAGGCAGUCGGCGCUCCGACUCUGUGGACAGCCACCUGCUGGACCUGUGCAUCAUGGUCUUCCGGGCCACCUUCACCAAUGGCAACAAGCUGAGCCUCGGCCGCCUGAUGGCGCACAGCAAGCGCGCCGUCAAGAAGUUCGUCAACUGCGACGUGAUGCUGGAGCCGGGCGAGUACGCCGUGGUGUGCUGCGCUUUCAACCACUGGAACACCCCUGUCUCGGGCACCUCCGUCGGCCAAGUGUCCAGUCCCACUGCCGGCAACGGGUGCCCCGCGGCCGCCGACCUCUCCAGCUACAUCCUGGCCAUCUACAGCUCCCGCUUGGUGAUGGUGGAGCAGAUCGAGGCCCAGUCGACCACGUUGGCUGACGCCAUCAUCCUCCUGACAGAGAACAAGGGCGAGCGGCACGAGGGGCGUGAAGGGAUGACUUGCUACUACCUGACGCAUGGCUGGGCGGGCCUCAUAGUUGUGGUGGAAAACAGGCACCCCAAAUCUUACCUGCACGUCCAGUGCGACUGCACAGACAGCUUCAAUGUGGUGUCGACGCGGGGCAGCCUGAAGACGCAGGACAGCGUGCCCCCGUUGCACAGACAGGUGCUGGUGAUUCUGUCUCAGCUGGAAGGCAACGCCGGCUUCUCCAUCACCCACCGCCUGGCACACCGGAAAGCCACCCAGGCCUUCCUCAACGACUGGAUGUCCACCAAGGGGACACCCCCCCCGCCGCUGACACCCGACGUGGCAGGGCUCCACGGGCCCCGGCCCCUAUGACAAAUGGCCCUGUCCCCCGUGCCGCUUUUCCGCUUCUGCCUUUUCCCGGGACCCAUCUGCCUCGGGCGUUGCCCGAGCCGCCAUUACUGAGCCGUCAGGGCUGAGGAGGAGGAGGAGGACGACGAUGACCCCCGUGGACCGGGGUGUCUCAAGCCAAGCGCCUUUCCUCCCCCCCCCCAGGAGUCAGGCAGGGAGCUGCUCAGGUUCCCCUCUCCCUUGCAAGCCCCCCGCCCAUUUCCCCUCCCCCCUCCCCCACAAAUCAUGCACUUUAUCCAGAGCUGCUGUCACAAUGGGAGACCAAGGGAAUUUCACAGUCUGGAGGAAGGGCCAGUCCCACCUUAUCGGAUGCUCCCGGACACACGGAAUCCUGGGACUUGGCUCUCCCCGCAGCCGCCGAAAACCCCUGCGGCUGCAACAAUAUACCUCUGGCCACUGUGUCUCUGUGUGUGCGCGUGUGUAUGUGUGUGUCUGCCUUGCCCCACUGUGAGUCGUGUCGGCUGGGGCCGGCCUGAGGUCGGGGGAAGGGGGUGGGAAUUUAUAG